AUGGACUUGAAGUAUUGGGUUUGCGAUAUCCUUCUGAACCCAAGACAUACGAAAUGGAUCGCCCCUCUCUUCGUCUUGGGGGAUGCUUUCCUUUGCGCCCUUAUUAUCUGGAAGAUUUCAUAUACUGAAAUCGAUUGGACCACAUAUAUGCAGCAAGUAUCGCUAUAUAUCUCCGGAGAACGUGAUUAUACCCUCAUCAAAGGUUCCACUGGACCCCUUGUGUAUCCCGCCGCCCAUGUCUAUAUCUACACCCUCCUCUACCACCUUACCGAUCAAGGUCGGGAUAUACUGCUCGGGCAGAUUCUGUUCGCGGGUUUAUAUCUUGCAACUCUGGUGGUUGUGAUGGGGUGUUAUAGGCAGUCGGGAGCUCCUCCAUACCUAUUUCCUCUACUUGUCCUCUCCAAGCGACUUCAUAGCGUCUUUGUCCUACGUCUUUUCAAUGAUGGUGUCGCGGCUUUCGCUAUGUGGCUUGCCAUUCUGCUGUUUCAAAACAGGAAAUGGACGAUGGGAGUUAUUGUCUGGUCUACAGGAGUUGCUGUCAAAAUGACCCUGCUGCUUCUUGCGCCUGCAAUUGCAGUGGUGACGGUGCUCAGUCUAUCGCUUAUACCAAGUAUCCGGCUUGGACUUUUGGCAGUAUUUGUCCAGGUCUUACUUGCAAUCCCGUUCCUGCAGAACAAUCCUGCCGGCUAUGCUUCGCGAGCUUUUGAGCUGACCAGGCAGUUUAUGUUUAAAUGGACAGUUAACUGGCGAUUUGUGGGCGAAGAAAUAUUUUUGUCUAAAGGAUUUUCUCUGGCAUUGCUAGCUUUGCAUGUCUCUUUACUGGGAAUCUUCGUCGCCACGAGCUGGCUCAAGCCAUCCGGAUCCAACGUGUUUGACUUCUCCUGGAACCUGAUCCGUGGACGUCAACGAACAGUGUCCCUCCCCAAAUCUUUCGUAAUGACGGUGAUGUUGGCAUCUCUUGCGACUGGGUUGCUAUGUGCAAGAUCCCUCCAUUAUCAAUUCUUCGCCUAUCUCUCGUGGGCGACUCCUUUCCUCCUCUGGCGAGCCGGUAUUCAUCCAGUCCUCAUAUACGCAGCGUGGGCUCUGCAAGAGUGGGCCUGGAACACCUUUCCCAGCACCAACGCGAGUUCCAUUGUCGUUGUUCUUUCACUUGCCGCCCAAGUAUUUGGUGUUCUUUUCGACAGCAAUUCCGCAUCUGAUGAGACCCGUUUGAGGGAUAGUGCCGCCAAAGAGCAUAUCCAAUGA